AUGGAGUCCAGGCGACGCCUCACCGCCAUUCGCGACCUUCUCAUCGUGCAGGCAUCCCUGUUCUGCGGUGAGAUCAAUUGUAUUUUUCGUGUGAAGGAUUCCGUGGCGGAGGAGGCGCCGCCAGGGAGGCACGUUGGAAAUAACGGCAUCGCCAACCGCGUGGGGGUCUUUGCACCCGCGCACGAUACCAAGACCGAAGGCGGUGGUAGCACAACUACUGGUGGUGGUCACAGCAGGAGUGACCAGGUGCAUGCGGCGGGCAUGGCAAGGUCGUCGUCUAUUGCCAACGCCAUUGCCGCGGCGGGGGCAAAAACUGCAUUUGGAUGA